AUGGAGCAGCUCCCUGAAGGGCUACUGUCGACUGCAGCUCGUGUUCCUUUGGUGAUGGAUGACUCGAUGCCAGUGGAUGUCCUCGACAUUACGUCUUUAUGGAAAGCCUACAGCGUCAAACCCUCAGCACUUGAUGGCAAUCUUGGAUACAGACUCGAGAACUUCUUUUGGAGAAUUGGGAGCAAUGACUGCCUUCGCGAUUCUCUACCUGGUGCAGCUGUGGCCAAGUUGUUUAUGCGCAUUUCAGAAUCCAGUGUCCCCAAAACCCUCGAGUUGCAAGACCAGGAUAUGGCCAUACGAAAGAACAAGAGUGAAGAGCAACUAUCACUUCAGCGCGACGCGCCACCAGAUCAAGGACCGCCUCUUCACUCUAUUCUAAAGAAACCUAACACAGCUCCAAAAGACACGACUAAUUCAGCCCGCUUACUUGUAGCAGGAGAUGAUCGCCCGGCUGCGCCAGUCUCGCCUGUGAAAGAUGUCUCGAUUAGCCGCCACAGCCACAAGAAGACACACUUUGUCACAGGCAAGGCAGCGAAGAGCUCAAAGCGACGUCCUGUGAUCACGCGUCGCAAAUCAUCGCAGCCCAACAUUUCCACUAAAGCUGUCCACUCUCAGAGCCCUAAGCGUAUGCUGUCUUCGAGAAAGGCCCCAAAGCACGUCAGACCAGAGGACGAGGACGAAGAUGAAGACGAGGAACGCUUAUGGAGUAUCUCUCGGUGUUCGUCUCCAGAUCUGGAAGACUGCAUGGCCCUUCCUCAACACAUCGCAGAUCGACAACCAGAGAAACCACGAGAGCUGCCAGAGGAGUUCGUGACGAACCUCAAAGUCCUCCUCAGCCUGCGACCACGCAAGGCCAGCUGGAAGACAGCUCCUCUCACCAUGGGAUUCCGGUCCCAAGUUCCCAACCGUUUUCGCGACAUCCGUUAUCUUUACAUACAGAACUACAUGCCACGGCCACCGUCCAUCGUCAAUGCCGAGUUCCGCGCCCACUUUCUGGAGAAGAUGCGCGAGGAACAGGUCGAGCUAGCCUCCCUCCUGGACAAAGAAAAGCUUCAGCAGCAGCAGCAGCAAUCUUUCAACACCGAGGGCACCAGCCCUGAUCCAACCGACUUCUCAGGCACAUUUGGUGUGUUGAAUAGUGACGCAUCCACCGCACCUACUACUACGCCACACAUGUCGAUACCGGGCCAGUUCUGUGGUAAUCCAAUUGGGUUGGACAACGGGUUCCUCGACGUCUCAGGUGGGAUACCCCGGUCCUUCUUCCACCACACGCCGCUGCCGUUGCCCCGUUUGUCGAGCCAGCUGGGCAUGAUGAUCGAGGAGAGCCGUCGGAGUAACUCCCUCGAGUACCACAGGCCAGACCCGAGCGAAACCAUAGGACCACAGAGACUGAGCCGCAGCUAUAUCGAUACGCUGGUCGAGUGGAACAUCAAGUGGUUGCCGUCUACUCCGAGCUCGUGGGGUUCCUGA